UAGGGUGACGUGCGCCGUACUCUAUGACGUACUUUGUCACAGAGUCUCUGCCGUACGAGGCCCGAUUUAAUGACGUCAGUUUUUUUCUGUUGGACACAAUUGAUCUUAGAUAUUUGUGAACAUUUGGGGGGGCUGGAUGCAAGCCUACAGUGUCCGGCGACUCCGGGCAUAUUAAAAGAUACUAGUUAUAAAGGUUUAAACCAUACCCGCGCAGUAACUUUCCCUAGUAUUUGUGGUGUAAAAGUCGAAAUAGGAAUUCUCCCAAGUCCACGCCGUGAUCCGGAGCUGUUGGCGGCUUUUGAAAGAUGUCACUUGGUGGUUCUCCUGUGACCCUCGUCCAGCUGCCAGGGGGCCAGCUACAGGUUCAAGGCGUGAUCCAGUCUCCACAGUCGUCGGUCAUUCAGGCCCCACAGACACAUACUUCACAGGGUUCAGAUAGUGAAGACUCACAGGAUUCAUCGGAAAGUGGAACCACGCCACAAAAGACUAGGGAGCUCUUAGCCAGGCGACCAUCAUAUAGAAAAAUCCUAAAUGAACUUUCAUCUGAGGGUGUCCCGCACAGUGAGGGGAAGGACAGUUCGACAACCACGGGAGUGUCGGGUGUAACUAUACCUGCACCCAUUUAUCAGACUACCACCGGCCAGUACAUUACUGUAACUCCUAAUGGAACAAUCCAGUUGACAAAUCCAGGACCUGAUGGCAUUCAGGAACUACAGGUUGCCAUGGCCAACCCCACUGGAGGGCAGCAGGGCACAACCAUCCUCCAGUAUGCUCAGACCCCCGAUGGCCAGCAGAUAUUGGUACCAAGUAACCAAGUAGUUGUACAAGAUGCAGGGGGAGAGGUCCAAACAUACCAAAUUCGCACAACACCGACAUCGGGCUCACUGCCUCAGGCUUUAGUGAUGGCCUCGUCUCUGGGAAUGCCUCAGAGCAAAAGUGAGGACCCAACUAUGAAGAGGGAAAUUAGACUUGCAAAAAACAGGGAAGCAGCUAGGGAGUGUCGACGAAAGAAAAAGGAAUAUGUCAAAUGCCUUGAGAAUCGAGUGGCAGUGCUUGAGAACCAAAACAAAACCCUGAUUGAGGAACUGAAAAGCUUAAAGGAACUUUAUUGUGUCAAAACAGGUUAAACUGUUUAAAUGCACAGACAUUGUGUCAGCGGGAACAGCUCUCAGCUCUUUGGAUGCAGUCAUGUUUCUGGGAACGCUUCAGGUUGAGAUCCACCAUCUUUUUACUCCGCUUGAUAUAACGAUGAUGAUAUAUACAUAUAUCUAAACAUAAUGAAUUUGGACUUUUUUCCAGCUAAUUUUUUUAUUUACUAAUGCUAUAACAUUUAUAGUUGUGUAUAUUUUUAAACUGGGAGGUUCCAAAUGAUGAGCUUUUGCUUUUUGACUCUCAAUUUCUAAAUGUUGUUCAAUUUCUUAAAUGUUUUUGUGAUUUUAAAAAAUGUCGGGUGGUUUUAGGCCUACUAUGAGCAUUUACAGAAUUGACUUAGUUCUAUGUGAACAUAUUUGCUUCAAAGAAAAUUCUCUUUUUCCCCAAUAAGGAAAUGUUACAGUUUUCAUUCCUUAUUUUUGUCAAUGGGAUAUAAAGGGUAACUGAAAUAUAGUGUGAUUGUCCAUUGGCUAUUAAUGUCCUAGACAAUCUGGUAAAAAUUUGCACAGAGUCCAAGUAAUAUUUUAUUUCAUCGUGAAAAGGGUGAGGCUGUGGAACAGUGUAUGAAAUGUUGCUGAUUCUGUAAGUAAAUAAUAUAUAUUUUCACUUUGGUUUUGGUAAUCAUUUUUGGCACAGGUUAACAUCAUAGCAAAGAGUAGGCUAUCAAAAGUCCAUAUAAAAUGUAUCAACAAGCAAAGAGUUAUUUAUAAUAUGAACCUUUUUGGGUUAAAUAAUCGACUAGUUUAGGGCUGCACCCCUUAACUCUUGACAAGAUGGGUUAAAUAUAAAUGUUUCCAAUCUUUUAUACUCUUUUACCAAUUAAAAAAAAAAAUAUAUAUAUAUAUAUAUAUUUUUUUUUUGUUUGUUUGUUUUUACGAGUGCAUACCUGUCAACCCGAGGCCGUUAGCAAUCUUACAAAUAGUGACAUAUACCCUUACAAAUUGGUGAUGAACCUUUCAACAUUGUAUAUAGCGUGCAAUAUGAAUUAAAAUUAAAACUCAAUUUUUAAAAUAAUAUGAAUUUAUUGGUAAUAUUGUAACAUAACCUGGAGCAAUCAAAGAACAAUAUCUUUCAUGAUUACUAAAAUUAAAAGUGACUUGUUAUAAUUGUAUGCAGCACUUUUGGCAAUUUCGUAUCAUGUCUUGAUGGCUGCACUUCAUGGCACUUCAGCUUGCAAUUCAGUUUGACUUGAAGGUAGUUUGUUAGAAUGUCCAAUUAUAAAUUAAAAAGGUCAGUUGAUAAAAUUAGCUCACCGACGCAAUCUUUGAGUCAGGGAGCAUUUCUUUUGCUAACUCUGAGAAGUGAUCAGCAUAAGUUGCGGGCAAAUUGUGUUCGGCAACAAAUUGGCAGAAUAAAAUCUCUGCUUUCGUCACUUUUCAUUCUGCAGACUUCAUCUUUAUGACCAGUGUUGUUAAUCUUACUUUUAAAAAGUAAUUGAUUAGUUACAAAUUACUUCUCCCAAAAAGUAAUUGAGUUAGUAACUCAGUUACCUGAAUAUAAGAGUAAUUAGUUACUUUGGCAAAGUAACUGGUGUUAUUUCAUGUUUGUUUUUUUUUCAUUAAAAAACAAAACAAAACAUAGUAACCUUUGCUAUGUUUGGAAGUAAUUUAUUAUUUCAUUUCGACGUGAAAGUUUUAAAGCUGUUUCAUAAUUUAAAGAUGGAUUCAAGUCAAGAUUUUGCCGAUUGAGGAGUAUUUUAGAUAAAAAGUUACUCAGGUUCGCUAGGAAGGUUCACUAUAACAGAGCCUUUCUGAGAAGUGUACUGCUCUAAAAUGGCGGCUGUUUACUCACGCCACCGAGUCUUGUCAAUUCGCAUGUAGGUCUAUAUGCAUGAGAUAUCUAGGUGUAGAUUGUAGGCUGCCGGCUACAGUCAGGAAAUAUUGGUGCCACCUAGCCUAGCAUCGCGUUUGCAACAGCGUCACAACAAACACUUCGAUCUCAGUGUCUCUGACUUUUCUCGUGUCAUUCAACCAACGAAGUAACGCACAUUGUCUCGUUGCCAAAAAGGUGACAAAAUCUGAACAGAGGGAAAAAAAACGUAAUCACGAAAAACGUACAGAUUUUGAACGUACGGCGUACACAUUUAAAAAACAGUGCUCACUUGUACAAAUUACGCCGAAACUGUACAACUUCACAGGUAUGCAAGUGCAUGGUGAGUCCGAAUGGCUUAUUUGUGCUCAGGCCAUACCUUGCUUACCCUGAAACAUAAACAAUCUCAUCUAAUUUUGGCUGAUAUUUUGUAUCUUGUUCAUAAUUUGUGACAAGCGUAGGAAUACAAGUAGUCCCCGAGUUGCGACGUACUCAACUCAGACGAUUUCGACUUUUUACGAUGCAGGAGUCUGAUGCACCAUUUUGUCUACAGUCGUUUUAUUGUCGUUGCAUAAACAGUACCUUAUUGUACAUCGGAGUAUAUAUUUUUUUACUUUAUUAAUAUGACACGUGUUCUGCCCUCACUAAACGUGAAGUUGCUCAGUUUGACAAAUAGCAAACAAGGCAAUUGUGCUUUUUUUUAAGCUUUUUAGUUCCAUCACUCUUGACAAUUUGU